AUGUUGCCAUCUCAACGUAAAGUUUUAGAAGUUCAAAGCCAACAAAUUGAUUUGGCUGAUGAUGCCGGUCUGCAACAAAAGAAGUCGUUUGAUUUAAUGAGUAAACAAGUGGGAGGGAGAUCAAACUUGGGAUAUACUCGCCUUGAUCAAAAGAACUAUCUCCGAAAAAGAAGGCAACGUAGUUUGGUACAAGGGGAAGCUGGUUAUCUAUUGCAAUACUUCCAGAGAAAGUCAGUUGAAAAUCCACUUUUCUACCAUGCUUAUCAAUUAGAUAAUGAAGAUCAAAUUACCAAUGUGUUUUGGGCAGAUGCAAUGAUGCUAAUUGAUUAUGAGUAUUUUGGUGACGUGAUUUCACUUGAUUCGACAUAUUGCACUAAUAAUUCGCAUAGACCACUAGCGGUGUUCUCAGGUUUUAAUCACCAUCGAAGUGCAGUGAUCUUUGGGGCAGCAUUACUGUAUGAUGAAACAACAGAGUCGUACAAGUGGCUUUUUGAGUCAUUUUUAGAGGCACACAAGCAGAAAAUGCCCAAAACAGUUUUUACUGAUCAAGAUCAGGCGAUGGCCAAAGCACUGUCUAUAGUCAUGCCCGAGGCUUACCAUGGCCUAUGUACAUGGCACUUGAUGCAAAAUGGUGUCAAGCACUUAGGAAAUCUUAUGAAGGGUGAAUCUCAUUUUCUCACCGACUUUAAGAAGUGCAUGUACGGAUAUCAUGAUGAAGAACAAUUUGAGGAAGCUUGGAGAACUCUUAUAGCAAAAUAUGAUGUUCAAGAAAAUGAUUGGUUGCAAAGAAUGUAUACUUUGAAGGAAAAAUGGGCAUGUUGUUUUAUGAAGAAGGCGUUCACGUUGGGAAUGCGAAGUACUCAACUUAGUGAAAGUGUGAAUGCAGGUGCAACAUGGAUCAAUGGUCAAUACAAUCAACAAUCUAUGGGAGACAAUAGUACUUUGACCCAAUUUGGUAUCAAUAGUUUUACAAGCUUAUUGAUGGCACAAGACAAUGAUGAUGAAAUUACAACUUUAACCAACCCAUAA